GAGACCACGAGAGGAAGCUGGAGGGGUCGAGGUUUUUUUUCUUGCUGUUGUUGUAUCGACACGAUCCCGACCCCAUCUCAGGUUCACCCACCAUGUUGAUUGACCUGUCUUCAAACCAGUCUGCAGUUGCGCGCCGUGUUCCUAUAUCAUAAACCAUCAUUCACUGGUUACUCAUACUUCACCCGGCUUUUGCCCAAAUCUGGAAGCUGGGCAAGCUGGGCAAGUGAUUACAGAUACCUAGGUAAUACUUUACUAGGGCUUCUCAAGAGGCGAAUCAUUUAUUUGACAUCGCGUCUAGCUUGGACAUCUAAAUUACUGCCAUCAUGGACCCGAAAGUAAAACAAGAGGAGGAUAUCUCUCUCGAGAUAUUCGCUCCAGGGAAAGGACCUUCAGAAGCCCCUGAUGAGGUUAGUCGGCUGAGGGAGCUCCAUGCCGAUAUCCGUGACCAGGAUGAUCUUGAGAGGGACAUAACGCGCCAGGCAGAUAAACUCCUCAUGGAACAGGCAGACGAACGAGAUAACAAAAGGCUAGAAAAAACAAAGCUAGAAAAAGAGAAACUUGAAUCUCAAAUUCUGAGGCUACAUCAGCGUCUCUCACAGCCAGUUGGCACCUCAGCUCGAGUUCGCUUACAAAAUGACUUGGAAAAGCUAGAAGCACGCAAUAAUGCACUGGCGAAUGAUCUAACAGAGAUUCAACAACGUAUCGAUGAAAGACGAGAAGAGCAAGAAACUAUCUCGGAGGCGGCUGGGACUGGCCGGAUGCCCAACGAGUCUCGCAGGGACUAUCUCAUCAGAACCGGAAAGAUAACACCGUUCUCGAAAAUGGGAACCGGCCCCAAUGAAGGCCCCUUGGCUAGCCUCCAUGAUGCCCUCAUCGAUGCCGAGGACGAGCGUGAGGAGGUGGAAGCGUUGAAACAAGUGAAAGCCCAGACGACUGUCUCUCAUCGGAAUCUUUUGCGCCCAGGAUUUGGCUUUGAUGAAAUAAGAGACUCCAGAAUAGUAGAGGAACCCAUCACUGAUCGUCCCGGAAAGAGGAGAAAAGUAGAAAAGGACGUCAAGCACAAUGUAGCGUCUGAUGAUGGAAAGGGGCUAGACCUCGCAAUGGAGACGGUUUCAGAGGGCCAGGUCUCUGACGAAGAGGAUGAAUCGGAGGGUUAUGUCGAACCCGAAGAGCAGCAUUCUUCGUCCGAAGAUGACUCCAAUUUCAUUACCGAAGAAGUGGCAACGCGACCCCAUGCUAAAGCCAAGAAGGGCGAGGACGAAUUGGAAGAUUUCAGUGGCCUAGAUGAUGGAAAUGAAAAAGUCUAUCAAUCCCGGCUUCAGAAUUGGGUUCGUCGAAGAAGUGCAGCCCGGAAACGGGCUUCCAAAUUAGACAACGAAGGCGCACAUGAGGAGGAGGGGGGUGACGACGACGAAUGGUUUAUGCCGCAUCCUACCGAACGAGACCUCGCUUUUGACAACGGAUAUCGCAUACCUGGUGAUAUCCACCCAUUACUCUUUGAUUACCAGAAAACAGGAAUACAGUGGCUAUGGGAAUUACAACAGCAACAGGUCGGAGGCAUCAUUGGUGAUGAGAUGGGCCUGGGAAAGACAAUCCAAGCGAUCGGAUUCUUAGCGGGCCUUCAUUACAGCAAGAAGCUGACAAAGCCCGUUAUUGUUGUCUCUCCUGCGACGGUGAUGAAACAGUGGGUCAAUGAAUUCCAUCGCUGGUGGCCUCCGUUUCGCGUUUCUAUUCUGCACACAUCUGGCAGUGGAAUGGUCAAUAUCAGGAGUGAGAGUAGCCGAGAGGAUGCGCUCACGUCCGAGAAAUGGGGCCAUGCUUCUCGUGGCUCCAGCAGUGGUUUAAAGGCCGCCAGAAAGGUGGUGAAAAGGGUGAUAGAAGAAGGACAUGUUUUAGUGACUACCUACUCGGGGCUACAGAGUUACGCAUCGCUGUUGAUUCCACUCGAAUGGGGAUGUGCUGUUUUGGAUGAAGGCCACAAGAUCCGCAACCCCAAUACCUCUAUCACUAUCCAUUGCAAAGAACUUCGGACCCCGCAUCGAAUCAUUCUGUCGGGUACUCCAAUGCAAAACAACCUUACUGAACUGUGGUCGUUGUUCGACUUUGUGUUUCCGAUGCGUCUUGGGACCUUGGUGAACUUUCGAAAUCAGUUUGAUUUUCCCAUUCGACAAGGAGGUUAUGCAAAUGCUUCGAAUCUGCAGGUGCAAACAGCGGCAAAGUGUGCGGAAACUUUAAAGGAUGCUAUUAGUCCGUAUCUUUUACAGCGAUUCAAGAUCGACGUAGCCGCGGACCUUCCCAAGAAGAGCGAGCAGGUCCUGUUCUGCAAACUGACCAAGCCACAGCGACAGGCAUAUACCGCAUUUCUAGCAUCGGAGGAGAUGCAGUCCAUCCUACGCGGUCGCCGGCAGGUGCUGUAUGGAGUUGACAUCCUGCGAAAAAUCUGCAACCAUCCAGAUCUACAGAAUCACAAGUUGCAAUCUACUCAGGUGACCUACGGCAGUGCCACCCGGUCCGGCAAGAUGCAGGUUGUCAAAUCGCUGUUGGAGCUGUGGAAAGAUACAGGCCAUAAGACUUUACUAUUUGCACAGCAUCGGAUCAUGCUGGAUAUACUGGAGAAAUUUGUGAGGGCUUUACCGGGCUUUACCUACCGCCGUAUGGAUGGCACUACGCCCAUUCAGCACCGACAAACUCUUGUCGACGAAUUCAACAAUGAUCCCAGCCUUCACGUGUUCCUACUCACUACCAAGGUUGGGGGGCUGGGAGUGAAUCUAACAGGUGCAGAUCGGGUCAUCAUUUAUGAUCCCGAUUGGAAUCCUUCGACGGAUAUGCAGGCUCGAGAGCGUGCGUGGAGGCUAGGGCAAAAGCGUGAAGUUACCAUCUACCGAUUGAUGACGGCUGGUACUAUCGAGGAAAAGAUAUACCAUCGCCAAAUAUUCAAGCAGUUUCUUACAAACAAGAUCCUCAAAGAUCCCAAACAGCGCCAAACCUUCCAGCUUAGCGACCUCCAUGAUCUCUUUUCCCUUGGAGACGAAAAUCAGGGCCCAACGGAGACGAGCAAAAUCUUCAAGGAUGCCGAGGUUACAUACGAAGAGACCGCAGAGAAUGCUGCUAACUCGGCGCAACAAACCGACGGCCAACCUGAGCGGCAGGCGGAAAAGAAAGAUAUCAGCCAAGUACGGGGCGUUGCCUCGAUCGAGCAGUUCCAAGGCGAGCCCGACCGAUCCGCCCACGAGGACCAAGGCACACCGGGGACCAACUCCGAGUCGCGCAUCAUGGAAGGCAUAUUUGCCCGAUCGGGGGUCCAUUCGGCGCUCGAACACGAGCAGAUUGUAAAUGGCAGACGCGUCGUCCGUGCAGACCCCAAGAUGAUCGAAGCGGAAGCUAAGCGGGUCGCUGCCGAAGCGGCCGAAGAGCUACGCCGCGCAGGCGAAACAGCUAGGUCCGUGCCCAUAGGGACCCCAACCUGGACAGGCCAGUUUGGUGUCGCCGGGAAGCCCGAGGAAUCCGCGGUGAGAUCUUUUGGCGGUGGUCGUAGCAGUACAGCCCGACGUGCUCUCGCCGGUCCAUCGUCCGCAAGCCUCUUGGCGAACCUUUCUUCUCGCGCCUCGCCGUCUCGCAGCAGCACGAGUAGCCCUGCACCAUCACCGAGUCGUCCCAGCGGAAAAGCCUUCAUCACGAUGAUCCGGGACUUUAUCAUCGCACAGGGUGGGUCGGUGUAUACGCAGAUGUUGAUUGAUCAUUUCAAUCGGUUCUGCACCACUCCACAGCGGUCGGCGGAGUUUAAGGAGAUGCUGAAGAUGAUUGCCGUGUUGGAAAAAGGUGGGAAGAAUGGACGCGGGAAGUGGCAUCUCAAGCCGGAGUAUGCGAAGGCACGGUGAUUCCUUUGCUUCUUUCAUGACCUACUGACUACCCACUCGCUAUAUGAUUUGAAACAGUAGGGGAUCGAGAGUUGACGACAUGUCCUCGGUAAUGUUACUUACUACUGCUAAUACAAUACCUAUUAUCCUAUGAC